AUGGGAGUUCCAGCAUUCUUCAGAUGGCUCUCGAAAAAGUACCCGUCGAUUGUGGUCAACGCCAAUGAGGAUCGGCAAAAAGAUGCCGACGGCAAGCGCAUCCCCAUCGACUGCACGGCGCCGAACCCAAAUUUUCAAGAAUUUGACAAUUUAUACCUGGACAUGAACGGGAUCAUCCAUCCCUGCACACAUCCAGAGGAUCGGCCGCCCCCGAAGAACGAGGACGAGAUGUUUGUCCUGAUCUUCGAGUACAUCGAUCGCAUCUUCUCGAUAGUUCGCCCAAGGAAGGUGCUUUACAUGGCCAUCGACGGGGUCGCGCCACGCGCUAAGAUGAACCAACAGCGCAGCCGUCGCUUCCGUGCCUCAAAGGAGACGGUCGAGAAGCAGGCCGAGAUCGAGAACGUGCGCCGCAAGCUCGCCGCUGAGGGCAUCCCACUACCGCCGAAGAAGGCCGACGCCGAGCACUUCGACAGCAACUGCAUCACCCCCGGCACGCCGUUUAUGGCAAGAUUGGCUGACGCCCUUCGCUACUACAUCCACGAUCGGCUGACCAACGACCCGGCCUGGCACAAGAUCCAGGUCAUCCUCUCCGACGCCAACGUUCCCGGCGAGGGCGAGCACAAGAUCAUGGACUUCAUCCGGAAACAGCGCUCCAACCCCGCCCACAACCCGGAUACGGUUCAUUGCCUAUGCGGAGCCGACGCUGAUCUCAUCAUGCUCGGGCUGGCCACCCACGAGAAUAACUUCAACAUUAUAAGAGAAGAGUUCGUCCCCAACCAGCCGCGCCCGUGCGAGCUGUGCGGCAAGUAUGGCCACGAGUUGAAGUCUUGCCAGGGCCUGGAAGACAACGAGUCCGGCGCAAAAGCCGAAGACGAAGCCGACCCCCUUCAAAAGGAGAAGAAUUUCAUCUUCCUGCGCAUCCCCGUCCUCCGCGAGUACCUGGAGCGCGAGCUCCAGAUGCCAAACCUGCCCUUCAAAUGGGAGUUCGAGCGCGCCAUUGAUGACUGGGUAUUCCUCUGCUUCUUCGUCGGCAACGACUUCUUGCCGCAUCUUCCGUCACUCGAAAUUCGCGAGGGCGCGAUCGAUCGUCUCAUCCGCCUCUACAAGGACAUGGUUUACAAAAUGAACGGGUAUCUGACACAUGACGGGUCCGUCUAUCUCGAUCGCGUCGAGAUGAUCAUGAAGGGGCUGGGCGAGGUCGAGGACGAGAUUUUCAAGCGCAGACAGCAAAACGAAGAGCGAUACAAAGCCAACCAGCAAGCCAAGAAGCGCGCCGUACCCGGCCACUUUGGGCGACCGGCUGCGCGCCCCGCGUACAUCCCCGGCAAGGGCAGCCUCAUCGAGCCGACCACCACGCCCGUUCACUUCACCGGAGCCCAAGCCCGUCAGUUGCAAGGAGACGCUCACCGGGAAGCCCUUCGACACUCGGAAAACGAGGAGGCUGCCCGACGGUUGAAGGCCAUGAUGAAGGGCGGGGAAGAGGAGAAGUCGGGGAGCCGAAAGCGCAAGAUGGAAGCGCCCGUAAAUCCCUAUGAAGAGGAGGAGGAGAAGGAGCCCGAGGACGAGAUCCGGCUGUACGAGAGCGGUUGGAAGGAUCGCUACUACCGCGCAAAGUUUGACGUUGGUGGCGAAGACUUCGAUUUCCGCAAGAAGGUCGCCUGGGCCUACGUCGAAGGGCUCUGCUGGGUGUUGCAGUAUUAUUAUCAGGGGUGCGCUUCAUGGGACUGGUACUUCCCCUACCACUACGCGCCGUUCGCCUCGGAUUUCGACACGGUGUCCGAGUUCAAGCUCGACUUCUCGAAGAAGACGCACCCGUUCAAGCCGCUCGAGCAGCUGAUGAGCGUCUUCCCGGCCGCCAGCAAGCAGCAUCUGCCUGAGAAAUGGCAGCUGUUGAUGACGGAGGACGACUCGCCGAUCAUUGACUUCUACCCGAUCGACUUCAGCAUUGAUCUCAACGGCAAGAAGUUCGCCUGGCAGGGCGUCGCCCUGUUGCCGUUCGUCGAUGAGCAGCGCCUUCUCUCUACGCUAAAGUCCGUCUACCCGACGCUCACCGACGAAGAGCAGUUCCGCAACACCACCGGCCCGCACCGUCUCUUCGUCUCCGGCCAUCACCCAGCCUUCGGAUUCUUGAAGGAAUUGUAUGAGGGCGAUGGCGCAAAGGAAGGUGAUGUCGAUACGACGUUGACCAACGGAAUGAGCGGGCGAGUCGUUGAAGACAAGACUGGCGUGCCGCCCGGCGUCCCCUUCGUCUCGCCGAUCCACGCCGAAGAGUGCCCUGAUUUGACGGAGAACAACGCGAUCUGUGUCAUCUACGACGACCCCUCGUAUCCGGAGGGCUUCGUCUUCCCCGCCACCCGCCUCGCCACCGCCACCGACCUCCCGAAAACCCUGAAGCCUGGCGACUACAAUGAACGCCAGAGUGGCCAAUAUCGCCCGCAAAUCGGCUUCUCCCGUGACACGCCACGGGCUCGGCUUGACGACUCUGGGCAUCGCCAUAUGCGCCACGAGAUGGGCGGUGGAUACAAUCGCGAUGGCGGCAACCAGGGCUACCGUGGCGGCCAUCAACAGCAAGGGUUCGGCCGGGGCGGUGGUUACAACUCCUACGGCGGCAAUCAGUACAACGACGGCGGGUAUCGCGGCGGUCGCGGCGGAGGGUACGGCCAGCAGCCCUACAACAGCCAUGGAGGACAAGGCGGAUAUGACGGCGGACGCGGCCGUGGUCAACAUCAGCGUGGCGGUGGCGGCCGAGGCGGCUGGGACAAUCGCAACGACUACUCUGGACGAGGUGGCGGCGGCGGUGGCUACAACGGCGGCUACAACAACCGUGGUGGCGGCGGCGGCGGUGAAGCAAUGGACGGACUCGUUGGACGUCUUGAAAAAGCCGUGCUCCGCCUCGAAGCCCUCUCCUCGUCCAAGCCGACCGCGCCGCCGAAGCCCGCCUCCCUCGCCUCACCACCCCAAAAAAGUGGUGCCUCUAGCGAGCUCCCGGCCCACGUGCAAGCCUACGACGAGGCCGUCAGGGAGCCGCUGGAGAAGCUGGUGGCCACUUCAACAGUGUUGGGAGGUGAUCUCGCGAACGUCAUCGAGUACUACAAGAAGCUCUUCGCCGCCCAACGGACUUUCCUUCAAUUCGCCGCCGGAAACAAGGAGCCCGCGCACGGAACUAUCGACUCGUUGCCGCAGAUGCAGGAUUUGAUAAAAGCCGUCCAAGAUGUGAUCGGGAUGAAGGACAAGAAUCGGAACCGGGACCUCGUCAACCACUUCAACGCGCUCGCCGAAGCCGCACCGGCCGUUGGAUGGGUCAAAGAGAAGCCAAAGCCCGGCCCGUACGUCAAGGAGAUCUUGGACGCGUCCAAAUUUUACACCAACCGCAUCCGCCUCGCCUACAAGAGCACCGACCCGCAUCACGUCGCGUGGGUGAACGCGUUGGAGGGCCUUUUAGGAAGUCUGCACGAGUUUAUUCGCAAGGUGCAUACAACUGGCGUUGUGUGGAACUCGGCGCCCGGAUCAGCCCCAAGCUCGUGCGGACCGCCCCCGCCUCCACCGCCCCCGAUGCCGAUCGAUCUAUUCGGCGCCACUUCUGCCUCGUCCGCCGGUGGCCGCACCGAGCGUGACGCUCUCUUCGCCCAGCUGAACCAAGGAUCCGGCAUCACCAGCACUUUGAAGAAGGUCACGCCCGAGAUGCAGACUCACAAAAAUGCCGCGCUGCGUGCCAGCAAUGUUGUCCCCGCGAAGGGUGCCACUACAACGAACGGACACCGCCAACCAGCCGCGCCUAUCGCCCAAAAGCCACCAAAGCUCGAGCUGCAGGACGGGAAGCAGUGGAAUGUGGAAUACUACAAGAACACGCAGCAGCAGAUCGUGGUCAACGUCACUGACAAGAAGGAGACCGUCUAUGUGUUCAAGUGUGAAAACGCGAACAUAAAGGUAGUCGGAAAGUGCAACUCGGUGACGCUGGACCAAUGUCGUCGCGUGGCCAUCGUUUUCGACGCCGUCGUUGCUCAAGUCGAGACGAUCAACUGCCAGUCGCUGCAGAUUCAGACGCUGGGCGAGAUGCCGACGGUCUCCGUCCAAAAGACCGACGGGUGCCAAAUCUACCUUUCGGAGGUUUCCAAGGGCGCCGAAAUUGUUACCUCAAAAAGCUCAGCAAUGAACGUGGUGAUCCCUGGGGCCGAUGGCGACGUGCUGGAAAUGCCGGUGCCCGAGCAGUUCAAGACCGUCUUCAAGGAUGGAAAGCUCGUAACCACCGUUUCUGAUAUUUGC